CCGGGUUCCGAGACUAUAAAAUAAUUGCACCGGAGUUUAGCAGGUUUAUUGAAACUAGGAGAAGAAGAUUUAUUUGCCAAGCACAACUUUAAUUCGUCUUAAUUCCGACUGACCCGCCAGUUGUCGCUGAAGGAGUCGGAACAGAUCUGUAAGAGAAGCGGACUGCCAUUCAUCGGGUGUCCAACAUGGUAACAACGGAAUCGCUGGAGAUCGAGAGCUGUCACUUGGUGCAACUGAUGGUGGAGGAACAGGGACCCAUACUCAUCCUGGACUGCCGUUCCUUCCUGAGCUUCAAUGCGUCCCACAUCAGGGGCUCACACAACGUGUACUGCAACACCAUCGUCAAGCGCAGGUCGAAAGGAGCCAUCGCCCUGGACUGCAUCCUGCCCGAAGACAGCAUCCGCGCCGGCCUGAGCUGCGGAUCCUACCCCCGGGUGCUGGUCCUGGACGAGAGGAGCGCGAGUGUGGCCACGCUGGGCCGGGACAGCACGGCCCGGCUCGUCCUAAACACCCUGAGUUCCCAGCUCGACACCAGCACCUUGAAGAUCUACUUCUUGAAAGGAGGUUACGAGACUUUCCACUCGCUCUUCCCGGAGAUGUGCACGGAGGCGCUCAGCGCGUACCCGCCGGCGGGCUCCGUGCCCACGCUCAUCGCCAGAGGAACGCCGCUGUAUGACCAGGGUGGCCCAGUGGAGAUCCUGCCCUUCCUGUACCUGGGCAGUGCCUACCACUCGUCCAGGAAGGAGACACUGCAAUCCCUGGGGAUCACUGCGCUGCUCAAUGUCUCUUCCAACUGCCCCAACUGCUUCGAGGGAGUUUUCCAGUAUAAGUGCAUCCCUGUGGAGGACAGUCACAUGACUGACAUCAGCGCCUGGUUUCAGGAAGCCAUUGAUUUUAUUGAUUCUGUGAAGAACAGUGGCGGCAGAGUCUUGGUGCACUGUCAGGCUGGGAUCUCCAGGUCUGCCACCAUCUGCCUGGCCUACCUGAUCCGGACACAGCGAGUGCGGCUGGAAGAAGCCUUCGACUUUGUCAAGCAGCGGAGGGGCGUCAUUUCUCCAAACUUUGCUUUCAUGGGACAGUUGCUGCAGUUUGAAACCAAAGUGCUGUGUCACUAGAGACUGGCUUUUUAGCGAAGAGAAGGUUAAACGUCAACCGGUCCUCAAGAGCGAUGCAUGAUGAUCCAGACCUGCCAGUGUCAGCAGCUCACUGAGGAGCCUUGCAAUACCAGGAAGUCUGUUACGUUUCGGAUGCUCUAGAUUGUUGGUAUCAACAGACAAGACAAGAAGGCAGGGCAAUGGCACACUUCAAUCUGGCAUAGGUCCUUACAAGCAGCUUGGAUGGUCCAGGUUUCAGAUUAGCUCAACAAUGAGCCAUGCAAAUGUCAGCAGACAUUGGCUUCACUCUGGACUUGCAACCUCAGAUUAAAAAAGCAGCAUCUCUCACUGAUCAUGAGAUGGUCAUCUGUAGAUCCCUGCUACAAUACCAGUGCGAUGUGGCCCUAAACCCACCCCUUUCCUGUAGAUCUCACUGGUAUCAUUUCCCUAUGUUACGCGCCAAUCUGUGGUGCCGCUGAGAGGGUGAGUCUUGCUGCUUGUUUGGGAGGUUUCACUGAAUAACUAAACGUUUGAAAACAACGGAUGUGAACCUUUGGCCAUUACUGCUCUUACUCUGUACACCAAUUUUCGAGUUGGUGUGUUGGGACCCACUCUUGAGGAUAUCCUUUUGGAGAUUGUCCAAAGAGGAAAUGCUGCUCUUAUUUGUUUCAUUUUUGAGCCUUCCUAGGCUUCUGGAACAUUCCAAUGUUUACCGUUCAAUGCAGACUCUGAGCCAUCCUACUGAGAAGCAUUCUUGACCUCAAGUGUACCUCAGUCACAUGGGAGACACACUUUGACAAUAAAUUAGUUUGAACUGCGAGUGUUUGGAGCCCAAGGGGAGGAUACAGAUGGUAUAAUGGCUGGUCCUUUAUACACUGUAGAUAUCACAAUCACCCUGGGUUCCCAUCAGCUUGCUCUUGAAAUGUCACAAAGUGUAACUUAAAUUCUCUGUUCUAAGAGAACUCUACCUGCUAACGUCCUUAAAGGAAAGUACUUUAUAUAUUUUAUUACCUGUUCAGUAAAUGUUUCCAGUUUCACUAAUGUAUUACUGAGAUAAUUUAUUACAUUGGAAAGUAAAAUAUUUAGAAAAUUUU